GAGAAAUUACUUAUCUUAAAUGAAAGCUUUCAAAAUGAUGACACCAAAAUACCAGAACAAAUCCCAUUUCUAGCAAAGCAAAACCAAAAGACAUAUCGGAACUGCUCCAAGGCUAAAGAAAUGUUAGUUGAAGAAAAAGAAAAGAAAAUCCCAAAUAACAGUUAUAAGACCUACCUAAAAGAACGUAGAAGAAACACUUCAAGGACGAAAGUCUAA